AUGCCGGUCCUGGGGAAGAUGCAGCGCGUGGAGCAAACACUCAGCCCCGAGCACCUGGACCUCAUCCGGGGGCACGGUGACAUAACUGCUAGGUGUCAGGAUGGCCCCCGCAGCGUGUGCUACGACUACACCAAGAACGAGGAGCUAACUUCGAGAGAAAGUUGUAGGACAGUAGUGCGCGUGGGUGUACAUGGAAGGCCUCCAAAGCCUGAGAAGCCUUCAGAGUGUAAAAAGAAUACACUCAUCCUGAUUGGCCGAGGUACAUUUCCCCAGACUCUGUCUCUCUCGGCAACCUACGACCUGAAGGAAGUUCUGAGCUCCGUGGGCAUCGUCCAUCGUCUUCACCGAUGGAGCCGAUCUCUCGGGGAUCACAGAAGAGGCUCCCCUGAGGCUCUCCAAGGGAUCCCUGACUGGGAAAAUUCUCCAGCACCAGACAGCCAGGCAGCUGCCUCCUCCCUGAGCAACUGGAGCUUUGCCUUCAGCCUGUACAUCCAGCUGGUCAUCUCCAACCAGGGCAGGAACGUGGUCUUCACCCCAUUCAGUUUCUCCACCCCCCUCACGCUGCUGGCCCUACAGGCCGAGCCAGGGGCCCGUGAUCACACCCUGCAGAGUCUGGGAUUCAAUUUCACCCAGGUCCCCAAGGCCUGGGUCUACACGCACCGACGGGCAGCUCCUAAGUUUGUUCAGACGGCCCGGAGACUAUCCCACACCAAGGUCAUCCUUGCCUCCCUGGGGAACACGCAGAUGGCCAAGGGACAGAUCGACUUGGCCAUGCAGGAGAAAACCCAUGGCAAGAUCCAGAACCUUCUCCUGGACCUGGAGUCGCAUUCUGUCUUGGUCCUGGCUAAUUAUAUUUUCUUUAAAGGGAAAUGGAAACAUCACUUUGACCCAAAGCUCACCGAGAUCAUACCUUUCCUGGUGAGUGAGGGGCUCACAAUACAAGUGCCCACCAUGCAGCAGCUGGGCUGGUUCCAGCUCCAGCACCUCUCCAGCCUGCACAGCCAUGUCCUGCGGCUGCCUUACACCUACAGUCUCACUACAGUCUUCAUCCUUCCUGACAUGGGGAGAACCAGGGAGGUGGAGGAGGCACUGGUGGAAGAGAGUUUUGACACAUGGACCCAGCCCUUCCCACUGAGCAGGAGGAAGCUGUAUUUCCCUAAAUUCUCCUUUUGGGGGAGAAUGCAACCGGAACGCUGUGUACGGCUGGCUGACAUCUUGGAUAUUUUCAGUGACCGCGCAGGCCUCUCCGGAAUCUCGGUGCAGGCCGAGCCUAUGGAGGGCUCCAGGAACCACACUGAGGGCCGGAGGGGAAGAGGGAGCAAGGCGGUGCACAGGGCCAAGCUGACUGUGGAUGAAGGGGGAGAAGAAGAGGAAGAUAUCAAGGACCUCUGCUUUUUUCCCAGGCAGUUCAUCCCUGCCUUCCACUUCAACAGGCCCUUCCUGCGGCUGACCAUUGCGGAAGCCAGCCACAACAACCUUCUCUUCAUGGGGAAGGUGAUAAAUCCCAAUGUGACUUUGUAG